AUGGCCAGACCACAACCUACACAUUGGCUAAAGGAUUUGUCAAAGCCACAUCAAUGGCGCCAGUUACUACGUGCCACAUUGCGAGAAUGUACCUACCUUCCUGACCCCAUCGCCCGCAACUACAUGCGAGAUCAUGUCAUCUCCCGAUAUCGUGCUGGUUCCUCUCGCUCAAAGGCUGGUCCUCAAGCGGCUCACACAGCAAGAAAUGCUUUUUCGAUUUUACGAAGAGCCAAUGAGGGCUAUUCACGUCCUCUCGAGAAAGUCCUGUCAUUAUCAUACGGUCGCACCGGGAGGAGGCGCCAUGAGCUACUGGGAGAAAUGUUAAAGCCUCAAAUCCCAAAUAACACUGCCGCACUUCAAGAACUUAUCUCCCAACCAGUCAAGUUCCAUGAUGGCUGGGAGCCCCCAGCGAUCGUCAAGAGUCUUGCAGCCUCUCAUAUGCAGAACGCAGUGGUCACAGCGACACGCCGCAGGCCUUUGAUCAAACACCUGGCACCACCCAUUCCCAAGGAAAACAGCUGGGGGAAACCCUUAGCUGAGUGUCGGAAGAUGAAUGUCCGCAGAAAAUGGUACAAUGCUACAUUGAGCAGUAUUCUUCCACCGUUACCAGAGAAAGAUUUACAAAUGCUUGAUGGCUUAAUCUCGGGAACUGUGCAGUGGGCACCUGUCAAGCGGAGAAAGGUAAUAUCUGAGACCAAAAUAAAAUCCGAGAGCGAACUGUUUCAGUUGCUUGCCAAAGGUCCUGAGAAAGGAAACACCUUUGCGGAAUAUGCCAAUGGCCGACCACAUAUUAUCACAUCCAGGUUCAUGCGGCGUCACUGGCGGCGUCUUUCUUCCCUGGUGCCUCGUCAAUACUGGAACCCUAUAACCGAAAGAUGGCGCUUUGUGUGGGAUACACCAAAGGAAGUUCCACGGCUGUCAGCUGAUCUGGACGGUAGUGUUGAUUCAGCGGCCUUCUUCCAACCAACGGGAAAGCAUGGCGAGGCGCACAUGCCGCCACAAUAA